AUGUGUGUGAGUGCAAUUUUAUGCUUCGGUAACUAUUUUCUAGAAUUGAAAACUUACGGCGAGGCGUCCAAGUAUCAUCUCUGGCUCGGUCUAGUCCUGAUCCUGCUGAUCCUGGUUACCGGCAUGUUCAGUUACUAUCAGGAUUCCAAGAGCUCGCGCAUCAUGGACUCGUUUCUGCAAAUGCUACCACAAUGGGCCAAGGUCCUGUGGGAUGGCGAGAGAAAGGAGUUGCCGGUGAUCGAGCUGGUGGUCGGGGACAUCGUCCUGUUGGAGACCGGUGACCGGGUGCCCGCUGAUAUUAGAAUCCUGGAAUGUCAAGGUGCUUCCGAACCAGUCCUCGAGCGUUGCUCGACGGUAGCGUUCGGUAGCGAAACUAAGACUUUAAAUGAGGAGACGAGAAUAGCAUAUACGAAAUCCUGUUAUACCCUGGCGAACAACGGGGAACGCGUUCUCGGUUUCGCCGAUUUCGAACUCUCGACCACAGCCUUUCCCAUGGAUUAUUAUUUUGAGGCCCAUCCUCCGAAUUUUCCGCUUGAAAACUUGAGACUGAUCGGUCUGAUCACCAUGAUGGAUCCAUCUGUUCCUGACGCCAUGUACAAGUGUCGUUGUGCCGGCAUCAAGGUCAUGAUGGUGACCAGCGAUCAUCCCGACACCGUCAAGGCGAUCUCCAAAUACGUCAGCAUCAUCACAGAGCACGAUGACAAUGAUAUCCCUAAUAACGAUUCCAAAAAACGCCACAUCGUGGUAACGGGUUCCCAGUUACGAGAUCUAUUACCGGAGCAACUGGAUCAGCUGAUCAGACGGUAUUAGAAAAUCGUGUUCGCCAGAACGUCGCCAGUGCAGAAGCUGCAGAUUAUCGAGAGCUGUCAACGGUUGCAUCUGAUCACAGCGGUCACCGUCGACUUCCCGGCUUUAAAGAAGGCCGACAUCGGCAUCGCCAUGGGCCUCAUAGGAUCCGAUGUGAGCAGACAGGUGGCGGAUUUGAUAUUAUUGGACGAUAAUUUCGUAUCGAUGGUGACGGAUAUCGAAGAGGGCCGAUGGGUCUUUGACAAUCUGAAAUCGAGCAUCGCGUACACAUUAGCGAGCAACGUGCCGGAAAUAACGCCUUUUGUGGCGUUUAUCAUCUUCGGAAUUCCCCUGCCAGUCGGCGUGAUUUGUAUUUUAUGCAUCGAUCUAGGAACGAAUAUGUGGCCUGCAAUCUCCUUGGCUUACGAGAAGUCCGAGUCAGAUAUUAUGUUGAGGAAGCCUAGGAUACCUCAAAGAGAUCAUCUAGUCAGCCGACGUCUGAUCUUCAUGGCAUACGGCCAGAUCGGCAUGAUCGAGGCGUGCGCGGGUUUCUUCACUUACUUCGUGGUAAUGGCGGAACACGGUUUUCUACUUACACGACUGCUGGGCUUGAAACCGCAAUGAGACAGUCCGGCGGUGAACGACCUGGAGGACAAUUUCGGCCAGGAGUGGACCUACGAGCAGCGAAAGAUUCUCGUAUACACCGCCUUCUUCGUCAGCAUCGUGAUCGUCCAAUGGACGGAUGUGAUGGUCUGCAAGACUCGUUGCAAUUCACUGUUGCAUCAAGGCAUGGACAACUGGACUCUCAAUCUGGGUCUGCUCCUCGAGAUCGAUUUGGCCUACCUGGUGUGCUAUGUGCCCUACAUGAACCGCAUCCUGAAGACGUAUCCCUUGAAACCGGAGUGGUGGCUACCCGGAAUAUCAUAUGCUAUCAUCAUUCUGAUUUACGAGGAGUUGAGGAAGUGGUGGGUCAGGAGACAUCCGGACGGCUGGUGGGAUAGAGAAACCUCGUACUAG